AUUGUUUAGGCGAUCCCACAUUGACACCUUUCACCCUCUACUUGUCCUUCUUGUUUAAAGCUCUCACACACAAAAACAAAAGUUGGAUUUUGUGUCCCUCUACCCUGAAGUUGUGAGAGGAUGGGUUGGUAAGCCAUUUAUCUCAUUUGGGUAUGUGGGUUUGUUCUAAUAACUUAAAAAAAAUUCCUCAACAUAGCACUAAUGUUAGCAGAUGUUUCAUGCCAUGAUAAUGAAGAACUAAGUGAAGCUCUACUAAUAGAUGAAACCAGAGAGCUUAAUAGAAAGAGUGGCAUGAAUUUGGACUUUGAGUUCGGCCCGCUGGAACAUCCAAUGGAGCCACCGGAGGAGGAUCGCCCGGUGAAAUGCCCAAUGCCUUCAUCCUCUGUCAUCAAUAUGGAUAGAGAGAUGCAUGAGGAGCGGCAGUGCUUUCGGAAGACAGCAGAAUCGCCGGCAGGUGUAAACAUGGAAGGCAUUGUUUCUGAAACUACAGAGCCUCCUGAACGAGCUGCGCGGAAAAGGCACCAUAAGCUUACUCAUGGUGAUCACAUUAUAACUCCUUUACCCAGAAUUCCUCCUUUCCCUCCUUUACCAAGCCAGAAAUUCUAGAUAUGUAAUGUUGAUGACAUGAGGUGAUGUGGCCCCGGCCGUCAUCACCAUAGAGGUUGGACCUCCGUGUCUCGAACCCGUG